AUGGCGCCAUGGACGUGCGCAUGGCAAUGCAGAUGCGGGCAGCAGAACUGGAAUACCUCGGUGAACUGCGUCAAGUGCAACGGUCAUUGGAAGUCUUCCAAGAAAAAGAACGGCACCAACAACCACAAGGGCCGCCAGAGAUCCAAGAGCCAGAAGAGCCAGAUAUCGACAUCGGAGCUGAACCUGCUCCAGCAGAGGUACAACUUAGCCUGGGCCAUGAGAGAGCCAGUGCAGGAGCUGGCCUCAUCUAUUUCCAUAUUGAGACGAAUGUUGAUAUCGGAGAGGAGUUUACAUCAGCAGAGCGCCUGGACAGAGACGACCAUUGCCAGGAUGAUGCUGCGCGUGGAAGCACCCAACAAAGAAGUCGCAUCGCUCAAGGACCACCUCCAGGCGAAGAUCAAUGUCAGAGACAACCUCCAGGACCAGCUGGACGCGCUGAAGCGCACCAAGAUGGAGAUACACCACGCCAGCAUUCAGCAGGCAGUCCAGCUGCAGGUCGAAGCGCAGCUGAAGCCCAUGGCGGACCAGAUGAUGCAGAUGCAGCAGAUGAUGGAGGCCAUGAUGAUGCGAGACGCGAUACGCGCCAUCGACGCCACAGCCUCCUACUCCACCGACCGCGGCUCCCAGAUCACCACCAUCAUUGACGCCGACACAGCCUUGUACCCCGAUCCCGCUGAUGGAGACCACGGCUCAGGACACGUCCGCGGGAUGGAUCACGGUGAAGGAGAGGGCCGCGGCCUUCGAGAGCGGCUCGGAGGGCGGACAGUUCUCCUUAGGGCCACGGCAGCGCAGCAGUCAAAGGACUUCAGCAUCGAGGAGUCCAAGCAUCCGCACCCAGAGAACGAGAGCGCCAGGAUCCUCCAGGCGGCCUGCCAACGACAAGGGCAACCUCAGAGACGAUCGGACAUCGAGACGGUCGCCAAGACAGCAGAGGAUCACAGAGUGCCGAGCAGCGAUGCCGCCCAGAUGGAUCCCUGCGCGGAGAGCGAUUCGGAGGUGCUGACCCCAGGCACUCUGGGGCGUUCGGGGGCUGGAGUCCACACUGGCCCGCAGGUCCUGGACCUCGACAGUCGGAUUCCGAUCGAGGUCGCGAUCGUGGGCGAUGAUCCUACCGACUCGAUCAGAUGUAAAUUGGGACAGAUAGGACUGCUCACACGCCUUCAACAGGAAGGGUGCCAGAUAGACCUUGAUUUAGAUGUCAACAGAGUGGGCCUGCACGCCCACGCGCAGCUUGGCCUGGACAUGUGCCCGACUAGCGAGCACGUCGCCGGCCAGAUUUCAAUCUUCGUCGACGGGUCCUUCGACGAACAGGACCCCGCCACUGCGGCCUGGGCGAUGGCCGUGGUGGCCAAGGACAGAGCAGGAGCCUUUUCCUUUCUGGGGGCUAGGACAGGAAAGCACGAGGCUGAGGGUUUUGUCAUCGAGUCUGACUCCGUUUCUGCGAUUCAGUUUGCCGAAGGAUCUGCUCAGUCCUCUGCCCACCCCGAGUUCGGCGCCAUGUUGCGCCACUUGGUCGUUGACCUGCGAGCGAGGUAUGACCUCACGUUCCGCCAUGUCCCGUCCCACAAGGCCCAUCCCUGGAACGAGUUAGUCGAUGGUCUCUCUAAACGUAGGCGAACGGACUCCGAAGUUCGUGACCCCGACUGGGCGAAGCUCUUGACCCCUGCGGUGGGAGAUCCCUGGUCGUGGGUUACCGAGCUGGAAGCCGAUCGCAGCGCGUGUCCUGAGAUCACCGAGCAUGAUGGACAAAUCUGUUUCGACACUCCCGACGCGCAGAGCAGGACCAUCGACACUGGCGCUCUUCAGAGGUGGUGGGAGGAGACUACCGCGAUUGCCCAACGGAUGUCAGUCGACGUCGUGUCGGUCGACGCUAAUGCGAGGGUUGGUAGCAUUUCGUCCACUGCUGUGGGGAAUGGAGGAUGGAUGGAGGAAGAGAAUGUCUCGGGCACCUGCUUUCACCAGUUCAUGUGCGAACUUGGGCUUGUCGCCCCCUCCACUUUCUCUGACCCCGACUGGAGCAGGGACACUGAGCCCAGCGGUUUCACCUUUGUGAAGAAUGGCGCCUAUCACAGGAUUGACUAUGUCCUCGUCAAACCUCACUUUGUGCCUGCCAUCGUUUUCGAGCAAGUGUGGAGUGAUCUCGAUGAUCUGAUGGAGGUUAGUGAUCAUUUCCCUACUGUGCUGGGAAUGGCGUGGGCAAUCCACGACAGAACAGAUCGCAGCAGCAGAAUCGAGGUUAGCAGGCCGAGGUAUAACCGCAAGCUUACCACAUAUCAGCACAGAGUUGCGAUUUUCAAGUCGCUUUUGUGUACCAUCCCCCUGAUGCCAUGGUCGGCAGACAUCAACAAACAUUACAGCCAGGUCCAGGAGCAGAUACUUUGGGCGGCUGCCGCCGCUUUCCCAGUUCAGGGGGCCUACCCGAGGAAGCCCUACACUGACCAGCUCAUUCUUUACUUCGUCAAAUGGAGACGAAAGAACAAGGCCGUCCUUCGUGCUGCCCCUGACAAAAGAGCCCAAGCUAUGUACAAUUGGGCCAACGCUCUUGCUUGUUUGUGGGAGCUCGGGCUCGCGGCUUGGGCCUUCUUGGAGCUCUUGGACUUCGACUCUUGGGACGGGGCUCUUAGGGGCUUCCUCUCCGCCGCGGCUGGACUGCUCAAAAAGAAACUGGACAUCGAUAAGACUGACACCCUUGAGAGGAUGGUCAGCGAGAUGAGCGAGGCCAUCGAGGAUGGAAAUGCCAAGAAAGAAUGGCAGAUUGCUAGGUACCUUCAGGACGCUGAGACUGACUGUCUCGCGGACAGCACCUUUGUUGACGACCUCUGCGUCAUGGCAGUGGUUCAAAGUGCUGCCGACCUCCCCCAGGCGAUGUCUGACGUGGUUGUCACCAUCAGCAACGCCACGGUCAAGACCAUCCUGGGGAUGCGGCUUGGACGUCCUGACCAGCCGCAUGUUGCCAACGAGCAGGUCUUGCUCGAUGUCAACAGGCUUGCUGUUACCGACAUCCUGCGCCUCAUGCGGCUUCGGUACCUGGCCAGACUCGCCGAGACGGGACAGUGCCUGGCUUGUGGAGUUGACUUUGUCACGCGUCCCCGCCUCCUGAAGCACUUGCGACAUGCUCGCACUGGCUGCCUCGAGCUCUGGAGUCGUACCGUGGCCCCCCACCCCGACGAGAGAUACAAGGAGUUGUGGGAAGAUGAUCGCGCCUUGGUGGCCUCCUUGAAGGCCAAGGGCAUGCGCGCCACCGAGGCCGACGUUCCCGCCCGCCCUGAGGACCCCGUGGUCGUGCAGCUGCCGGGCGCGCUGGAGGCCUCGCUCCGCGACGCCGGGGCGGCCCACGGGCGCCCCAGCGCUGCCGGCCGCACGGUGUGCCCCGCGCCCGAGGCGGCCGAGCAGCGGAGGUCGGAGGCCACCGAGGCCUCCCUGGAGUCGGUGCAGGGCCCCGCCGCGGGCCCUGCGGGUGGCCGCGGCCUGGCGGCGGCUGGGAAGGCGCACGUGAAGUCGAAGCGUUCCACCUUCUUCGGCGAGCAGAUUGAGCAGAGGCAUGGACUCGCGAGGUUGGUCACGAGUUCCACUUUCGAGUUGACCAUGGCUGCCGCGAUUCUUCUCAACACGCUCUGCAUCGCCGCCGAGGCUCAGUACAAUGGGAUGGAGUCUGGCUACGACUCUGGAGUGGAGCCGCGCAUGACGGAGCCCGCCGACAAGGUUUGGCCAGGCGCCGACCGUGUCUUCAUGGGGAUCGAGUGGUUUUAUGGGCUCUUGUUUACAGCCGAGCUCGUGCUCAAAUUAGUGGCCGUACCGAAGAAGACCCUGAAGGAGGCAUGGACAGUGAUCGACGUCCUCGUUGUUGUCUUCUUUUGGAUCGAGUCGCUUUCGAAUGACCUCCCGUUCCCGCCAACAUUGAUCCGCUUGUUAAGGCUAGUGCGAGUGCUUCGAUUGGUGAAGACAAUCAGAGGUUUUGCCUCGCUGUACUUGAUGUUGCAGUCGAUCAAGGGCAGUGUUUCGGCUGUCGGGUGGUCCAUGUGCGUCUUGCUAUUGGGCGAGAUGAUGUUAGCUGUGGUACUCAACCUACUCAUGAGCAGGUAUUGGGAGGACGAGAGCUUUGACCUCGAAGACAGGCAGCUGCUGUUUUCCGGGCACGGUGGCGGAUUUCGGCACUUUCACCAAGUCGUUGCUUACAAUGAUAGAGAUGCUGCUGGGCAACUGGUACACUAUCACUCGGGUGCUCACGGGGUUUAA